AUGUCCCAUAUUACGUUGUAUACCAAUCGUCGAAGUCCGCCUGGCAGGGCCGUUGAAAUAACCGCUAAGAUAAUUGGUGUCGAUUUAAAGAUAAAACUGUUAGAUUUGAUCAAGCUGGAACACAUGACGGAGGAAUUUUCCAAGCUAAACCCUCAACUUACGAUUCCAACAAUCGUCGACAAUGGAGUGCCCCUUCACGGCAGCCAUGCGAUAAUGAUCUACUUGGUGUCAAAAUACGCGCAAGAUGACGACCUAUACCCAACAGACCUAAUGAUACAAGCACGCAUCAAUACAUUGUUGCACUUUGAAUCUGGUGUUUUGUAUGCCCGUCUUCGUAGCACCGUGAAACCCAUUUUCUACUUUGGUAGUUCAGUAGUUCCACACGAAAAGCUGAAUGAGAUCCAUAGAGCGUACGAUCUGCUGGAGGCAACGCUCCAAUCGGACUACCUGGUUGGAAACACUCUAACACUGGCUGACAUCAGCUGCAGUACCUCGCUGACCGUGCUGCACAGUGUGUUCCCGAUCGAUGCCAACAGGUGUCCGAAGUUGGUCGCAUAUCUGCAAAGAUUGGAGGAUAACAUGCCCUACUACAAGGAAUUCAAAGCGGACUGCUCUAAGGCAGCUUAUUUGAUCAAGCAAAAGUUGUAG